AACUUUUAUUGGGUUGGGUACUUUGACUUUUAAUUGAGUAAAAUUGAGACCGUAUCCAUUUUUACACCCCUGCUGAACAGUUUUUGCAUGCAGCAUGCUUUAUUUUCUCACGUUUAAAAGUUUCUAAAAUGCUUUGAACACCGUUCUGACAUGAAGUUCAUUCAGUGUCCACUCUGUCCUAACUGCAAAACGACACGGCUCUUUGUAUCUCUCUCUCACUGAGGGAAGUGGGCGAGGUUUUGCUCACCUCCGGGAUGCUGCUAGACAGCGCUUGAUCGCAUUUGUAGGGUAGGCGUCGUCAGGGGAGCUCCAGAAAGAGAAAAUGCUGCCGGACUGAACGCUCACUUUGUGGUCACACGGACUGCUUUCCUUGAUGGCUGAAACGGAUUCUCGAAGCGAAGUGAAACCGAACUAUGAAGAGAACAUAUGCUGCAAUUAAACCUUUGGAAUAACAUUCGCUUCAGAUUAAAAUGGAAAUGAACAGAAAACCACUUCGUGUUUUAUCUCACACUUUAAAGCAACAUCAUUUUAGCGUGGGGCUGAUGUGUUUGUUUGUUUUGUCUGCUGAAGCUAAUAAAUGCCACGAUACCUACAUGCAUUAUGACGGAUUGGUGAGCUGUGAAGAAAUCAUGCUACCUCUCGAAGUGCCCAGAAGCACCCAAAAAUUAACUUUAUACAGAUACAACAUCUCAGUUUUAACAGAGAGAGCGUUUUCAGCCAAUGGGACCGAUAUGGACUUGCGCGCGCUGUCACUGCAGGACAACAAUAUACAGGUGAUCGAAAGUUGUGCGUUUUGUGGACUCCCACGACUUGUUUCCUUAGAUCUGAGUCACAACCGUUUAAGGGUUGUGUCCCCUGGAGCUUUUUAUGGCUUGGAACAGCUACGUAAUCUUAACCUCAGUAACACCUUAAUGACUUCGGGCGCGGGGCAAUUACCAGUCGCGCUGUCCACGGACAGUUUGUGUAAUCUUCAGAGAUUGGACCUGUCUGGAAACUGUUUGAAGGUAAUUCCUCUUUCUGGGUUUGGCAACCUCAAUUUAACCACAUUAAUGCUGACAGAUAAUUCCAUUGGGACCUUGGAUAAGCAAAAUUUAACAAAAUUAAUCGAAUUCACGGAAAUACGUAUUUACUUAUCAAAGAACCCAUUCGACUGUAAAUGUGACAAAGUGAAGGAGUUUUAUGAUUGGCUGAAGAAUAGCUCCCAAUGCGCAGACUCAAACAGCCUGAAAUGCGCACAACCAGAAAAGAAGAAAAAUACACUCGUGAAGGAUCUAGAAAAGAGGGACAUGGAGUGCCAAAACUUGGAUGCCCGUUCUUAUGUGCUACUCGGCAUUGUGUUGGCCCUCAUUGGAGUUGUGUUCCUCAUGGUGUUGUAUUUGAACAGAAGAGGCAUCAAGAAGUGGCUCAAUAACAUUAGAGAGGCCUGCCGGGAUCAAAUGGAGGUGUAUCAUUACAGAUAUGAACAGGACUCCGAUCCCAGGCUAGCAAACGUUGCCGUUUAAGCGGAACCUGCUGACCAAAUCUCCCUGAGCUGUUUGAUGAAACGCUAUGACAGCGGAACUGGAGUUUGUGGCUUUUAAGUCCACGUAGCUUUAAGACAAGCAUACUCUCAAAAGUUCAUAACAUUAACUUUCAGCAGACAUAGGCCUACACUUUUUAAAUUAACUUUAAGUUUUGGGAAAAUGGAUAUGGAAUUUCAGUAACUCAUCUUGCAUUCAUUGGCAGUUUUCUUUUUUUUUUCUUCUUCUUUCUAAUAAAAUUUGUAAUAGGAAUGCCUCUCCAACCUGUCUGGGACCAGCACUCAAGAGGGCUGGGUUUUUGCUGGUUACAAAAGCCAUUGAGAUGAAUGGGAAUGCUAAUGGGUAGCUUUCUCCAGGUAUUAGAGAUCUCAUUACACGCAAUAGAAGGUAACAACUCAUGUUUCAAAACUGUGAUGUAAAUGGAAGCCUAUUGGGUAUUUUUAAAAAUAUCCUUAGCCAGAAAUUUCUCAUUUCAAUAGGAAAAUUCAUCAAUACAGCUCAUUAAGUGAUUCCGUCGCUUUAAGUGUUAAUUUGUAUUAGAUGCUAUGGGAUGGAAGCAGUCUACCUGUAUAUACAUUUAUCAGUUUAAAAAAUAAUACUAAUACGUUAAUAACAAUUCCAAAUAAUAUAGGAAAGUGCAGGAUAUAUGUAACACUCCUUGCCUUCCUCAAUGCAUUAAAUUAUUGCGUCAAACAGUCCAGUAAUAAAAAUCUGGGUAAAUAUAAGCAAAAAUAUAUAGUAACUUCCCUCAUAAUGCUGAAAAUGGGCAUUAUGUAUUUAAUGAAAUAGGUAAAUGAUCAGCUUUCAAGACAUUAUUUGAAAAUGUUUAAGUGCAUUAGGAUGAAUGUAUAUGCACAAACAUUACAUGCACUACCUGGAGGACUGCUUGAAUUUUGCUGUUUUACCAUAUAUAACCUUGUAUACUGUGCCAAGACACUCUUGGUCUAGAGUGAGAGAAUGAGAUGAGUAUUUUUUUUUUUUGGCAAUGUUUGGAUCUAGACCUUUGUUUGUAUUUAUGCAUAUGGAGAUUUGACUGUACAAAUAUGUGCAAUUCUAACCUUCAUCAACUGUUUGCAUAUUUUGAAUGACUGUUAUGCAGCCCAGAUAACCUUGUGAUGAAAUUACAAUAUAGAGCAGUG